AUGGCAGAUGAAGCACUGAUGAAAGCUGGCUUAUAUCUAGAUGCUUUCAGCAAAAUACGUCUUCUCCAGCCGGGUAUUGCGGAUGUUUCUAACGAACUUGUUGAAGAAGCGAAAGAAAUUGUGAAUAAAUUGAACACUUUCAAUGACGCUACAGAAGCAAUCAUAAAAGCAUUUGAUGGAGUAAGGCUACGACAAAAUUAUUAUAUCUCUUGUGUUAUGGAAUGCAGUGAAAUGUUAUGA